CCCCAGCGGGAUGGUGCUGCGAUGCCAGGUUGAAGUAUUAUAUUUUGCAAAAAGUGCUGAAAUAGCAGGAGUUCAUUCAGAGACCAUUUCCAUGCCACAAGAAAUAAAAGCAUUGCAACUGUGGAAAGAAAUAGAAACUCAGCAUCCUGGAUUGGCUGAAAUUAUAAAUCAGGUGAUAUUUGCAGUUCAUCAAGAAUAUGUGGAGUUAGGAGACCAACUCCUCCUCCUUCAACCAGGAGACAAAAUUGCAGUUAUCCCCCACAUAGUGGAGGGUAGUGCUUUUUAG